AAAGAAUCUGCAACGAAAAUGGAUUUUAGUGAAUAAAAAUGAAAGAAGGUCGUCUCAAAUUCAGAAAUCAUUUGUAGCUUACCGUGGAAUUUCAGAUAAAGGCUCACCGGGGAAGAGGGUUCAAUAAAUGGAUGGGCUUUUGUAGGGUUGAUUUUUCUUUCUUCUCUUCUCUUCUUCACCAUUGUUGAAGAUGGAAGUCCCAUCAUGCCAGCUCUUUCUUUCUCUCUCGCUGUGAACCCCACUGAAUGAGUGGAAUUUGCAGUUUAGUUUCUUGUCUUCAUUUUCGAGAUUUAUUGUAUCCUUUGCUUUUGCCACUCAGCUAAUUGUCCUCCUUCUUCUGUGGUUGUCUCCGCCACAAAAACAGUCUUGAAAGGUUUGUAGAACAAGGGGAAGAGGAAAAAUGUCUAAUUAUGCCUUCUUGAAUGACCAGCUCUCGAAGCGGACCUCCAUUUUCGGUUUGCGUUUGUGGGUUGUUUUGGGUAUUUGUGUUGGUGCUGCCAUUGUUAUUGUUCUCUUCCUCAUUUCCUUAUGGUUCACUUCCAGGCGUAACAGUUCCAAUAAAUCUAAACCCUCUUUGAACCCCAUUAUCCCAAAUGUGUCUAAGGAAAUCCAGGAAAUACGAAUUGACCAUUCUCGGAACACUACUCAUUCUGACCCCAAAGUUCAGUUGGCUUCUAACCCUGAGCCUUUGCCGGAGGCAGAGCCUUUAGCGACGCUGCUUCAGACGGAAGAAGGAAGCCCACCUAGUGGACGCCAUAGAAUUCACAUUGAAAUUGGGAAGGACCAUCGGAUUUCUUACCCAGAGAGAGGUGGCGGUUCGUCCCACGGAAGUGGAGAGGCUCGGUCUGGUGAUCAGGCGCCAAUGACUGUGCCGGAGGUUUCGCAUUUGGGUUGGGGCCAUUGGUAUACUCUCAGAGAGCUUGAGUAUUCUACUAAUAGUUUUGCGGAUGAAAAUGUAAUUGGUGAAGGCGGAUAUGGUAUUGUGUACCGUGGGGUUCUUGAGGACAACACCGUGGUUGCCAUCAAGAAUUUGCUCAAUAACAGAGGACAAGCUGAGAAGGAGUUUAAGGUUGAAGUGGAAGCAAUUGGACGUGUUCGCCACAAGAAUCUGGUGCGUUUGCUUGGCUAUUGUGCUGAAGGAGCUCACAGGAUACUUGUCUACGAGUACAUUGAUAAUGGAAACUUGGAACAGUGGCUUCAUGGAGAAGUUGGACCUUGUAGCCCUCUAACAUGGGACAUUCGAAUGAAUAUAAUUGUUGGAACAGCGAAAGGGUUAACAUACCUCCACGAGGGACUCGAGCCUAAGGUUGUUCACCGUGAUAUCAAGUCAAGUAACAUUUUGCUUGACAAGCAGUGGAAUCCAAAGGUCUCUGACUUCGGCCUAGCAAAGCUUUUAGGCUCAGAAAGGAGUUAUGUAACAACUCGUGUGAUGGGAACUUUCGGAUACGUAGCUCCAGAAUAUGCAAGUACUGGCAUGUUAAAUGAAAAAAGUGAUGUAUAUAGUUUUGGUAUCCUCAUUAUGGAGAUAAUUUCAGGGAGAAAUCCAGUAGAUUAUAGCCGCCCUUCAGGAGAGGUCAACCUAGUUGAGUGGCUUAAAACAAUGGUUAGUAAUCGAAAUGCUGAGGGCGUUCUGGAUCCUAAGUUGCCUGAAAAGCCUUCAACAAGGGCACUGAAGCGUGCUCUGUUAGUAGCUUUACGGUGUGUGGAUCCUAAUGUUCAGAAGAGGCCAAAAAUGGGGCAUGUAAUUCAUAUGCUUGAAGCAGACGAGUUUCCUUUCCGAGAUGAUCGUAGAGUGGGACGAGAACCAGGACGAUCACUACUGAAGGAAAAGCUCAUGGAAAGGCUUGUGAGUGAAUCCGGAGAAAGCAGCGGAUAUGAAAGUGGAGCAACACAAGCAAGCCGACAUCUAUGGAGAAAGCAAGAACUUGAAGAACAACAGCCUCGCGAACCUCACACUUUAAGGUGAUCUUGUAUACCCAACCCACAUUAUUAUCAAUCAGGCUACACUCUAAAAUGUAAGGAUUAUUUCUGCAGCCUCUCCCCCUUGCUGUACUGUAUCAAACAAUCUGUAUAAUGUUUUGUAUCAAUCUUUCUCAGUUUUGGGAUUCAUUCUAAUGGUUUAUAAUCACCAAAAUUAGAUACCUGUAACUGUAAGUACAACAUUUGGAAGGAAAGUUUUUAGUUAAAUCUGAAAUGCCCUGAAUUAAGGAUGGUAAAGAGUGAA